GAUGUGCUGGACGCGUCACACAAUGUAAAUGGGAACUAAUGGGAUGUGACUUUCACGUUUUGUGUUUUAAAAAGCAAAUACUCGGUUUAUUUGGGAGUGGCGAGUCUCGAGUUUCAGGCUUUCAGUAUGAGAAACUGCGUUUAUCGUGUGAGGAGAAAGUGUUUGAAGAUAAAAAAAGGGGAAAUGUGUUAGCAGGUGUGUAGCUAGCUGGUCAAGUUAGCUGAAUGAAAGACUGAGGUAAACUUUAGGCUCGACAAGGCUAACCAAACCGCGGUGAGGUCCACGUCCUAGUGUCAGGUGCGAAAUAAGAAGUAGGCUUAGUAAUUUGUUACUGUGCUGUGAGGAAAAGAGAGACAUUAGGUAGAUUGCUAGGUCGCUAACUAGCAUAUUGUUUAAGCAGUGAAGAAGGAAGAGACUGUUUUGUGUAGUUAUUCAGCGCGGUUAUGGCACACAACCACGAAAGUUUCUCAGACUCAGGUCUGGUCGCUGAGCUGUCCAUUUCUUUCCAUGAUGAACUCACGGCGAGCAUCCAAAGCGCCUUCGGUGUCGCUGGAGAGCUCGCGGUGGCCGAGGUGUCCAAACUGGUCGGGAAAGCUUUCCGCGAUGUCCGCGAUCAGCUGCACAAAACCCUGCUGGCCAACAGGAACCUCCAGACGAGGCUCAGCGUGGCGCAGACGGAGCUGCGCGCCGCGCAGAGCCGCACGCUGGGGACGCGGCAGACGCGCGACAUCGCCGUCAACACGAGCCCGAUUCUGUCCGAACCACGAAUCGAUUCCCAGCUGGACGUCAAAGAGACGCAUGGAGACUCUCUCAGUGAUUCGAAUCCGCGUCGCGCAGAAUCGUUUCGCGGAAUCGAGUGCGCACAGGAUGUUAAACCGAAUCUAACAGGUGAUCACUCUUCACACCACUUACAGGAGAUUGAAGACAUAAAAGAGGACCAUCAUGCCAUCCAGGAAAACACUUCACAUUCUGAUCAGGCAUGCAUUGGGGCAGCAACGGUACCUGGAGCUUCAGGGGUCCAGAUAAAGGGCUGUAUGUCCUUUGAGUCUGGUCAUGCAACAAAGUUGGAGGAGGCUGAUCAAUGCGCUCACCCCAACUCUGAUGCCGAGCAAGUGUUUAGCCCAGAUUCUCUCUCAGUGGCCCAGUCAAAGUUAUUGGAGGACUGGAGACCUGAACCACUGCAGCUUCAGAGCUGCCAGUCAGACUCAUAUGCUUCCUCUAGCAGUUCUGUUCUGGCCAAUCCCUCUCUCUUCCAAGGAGACCUUCCAGGUAUGGACUUCCUUGCUUCAGCUUCCUCCAGCCAGCCAGACGCAUGCCACGCACCACUCCCCCGGAGAGAUGCCUCCUCCCUAACUAACCCCGCCCCUAAUCCGCUUUUCCCCUUUCACAGCUCUGGACAAGGGCACACCUUAGGCCAGUCCUUUUCUAUGCCGGAGGAUGUGCGCAGGUAUCGCAGUGUCUUGCAGUCCAAACUAGUCAGCCAUCAGCACAAAAGUCCCAAACGCAGCUUGUAUCCACCUGGGCGAAGUCCGUUUCGCUGUUCACAGUGCGGCCGAGACUUUAAUCGCAUGGAGCACCUCAAGAUCCACCAAAGGAUCCAUACAGGCGAGAAGCCAUAUGCUUGUACAGAGUGCACUGCACGUUUCAGACACUCGUGGGCGCUCACGCGCCACUUCCGCAUCCACACAGGCGAGAAGCCGUAUUUGUGCACACAGUGUGGGAAAAGCUUCCGGAACUGCGGUGGGCUACGCUUCCAUCAGAGGACACAUGCCCGCAGAAGUGGCCUGACAAACACUAGACCAAAUUUAGAGGGUUAUGGGAGGGCAUAAGAGAAAGCUUCUCUUUGGCUUCAGCCAUUUUCAGGUCACUCUAAUUUCUAAGCAUUAAACACAAGUUUACUUGUAUGAAUAUAACUAUUCCAUACAAGGGCAUGGUACUAUUGAUAUAUAUUCCACCAAAAUCAUAUGACUCAUCCACAUUAGCAAGAAGAAAAGUGACGGUGGAAUAAUCAUUUCUUGUGGCAUAGUUUGAAUUAGAGCUGUGUUUCUGGCCAUGAUGAAAGGUGGCAAGAUGACAAUCGUCAAAUUAAGAAUGAAUUAAGAUUGUAUAAGUCUUUUACAAAUUAUUUAUGAAACUGUGACACGACAAAUCCAAAUGCAGUAGAUUUCUUGGAUCAAAUAUAUGGUUGUCUGGUAUCCCGCAGUUCUCUCAUAACGUGUGUAUAUUUGUGUUGCAUUUAUGGUUGAAGACAAGCUGUGUGGACCUAUGCUGCCUUUUUCUUUUUGCGACUUGGGUGUGGUGUGUUGUGUUUGUUUUUGCUUUUGACAAAUUGACUUGUGAAGUAAAUUUGAGUAUGAUCAAAAAGUGGAUUUCUUUGGUCAUGGUUUUCUGAAACCAAUGAAUGGAUACCUGGCAGCAGUUAAUUACAGGAAUAUGACAUUUCUACAGUGUAUGCUGUUAUACUGUUGUGACAGAGUGGUUUGAUAUGUGACCAGGAGGAGCAGGUAGACAUUUUACUGUUCACUCUUUUAAAGCUGCUUUAAGUGCCUGACAACAAAGAGUUGACUUGAAAUGUUUCCCUGUAUCCAAUGUGAAUUUGUCUCAUUCCAGACAUCCUAGAUAUCACAACACUGGAAUUAAAAAGAGUCUCUGACUGUC